ACCCCACUUGGUUUACUAAUUACAUUAUUAUUAUAAUUUCUAUUUCUAUCAUCAUUUGUGAAUUGUGAUCAAGAAAUAAGACAUAUUGAUCAAAGCUUAAUCAGGUUAUGGACUUGUGGUCUCAAUCUGCAGCUACUUGAUUAAGAUCCCAAAAGGCAGUUUUUGCAGUUCUGGUUAACAUUUCUAGAUCAUGGGUUCUAAUGUAACGGCUGCAGACACUCUCUCCGGGGCAAUUUUGACAACACUCGAGACCAUUCAAGCCACCAAAUCCAUGCACAUUCAAAAAGAAAAUUUUAAGAAACUUUCGUCAUACUUGGAGAAAACAAAUUUCAUUUUACAAGAACUGACAAAAGUUGAUAUCAAUGAAUCUGGGAGCUUAAAAACCGCCAUUGACGCCCUUUCUAGACAUGUUUCAGAAGUUAAAACACUUUCUCUAGAGUGCUGCAACAGGAACAAAAUAUAUCUUUUGCUCAAUUCCAAAAAAAUCAUAACAAGCUUGGAAAACCACACGAGAGAGAUCGGUGGUGAUCUAGACGUUCUUGCUCCUUUAGUUUCCUUCAAUGGGAUCAGUCAAGAAGCUAUGAAGCUGUCAAACAUAAUGUUGGAUGCAAAGUAUCUAGAAACAUCCAAAGAAGUGGAAAUUAAAGAGAAAAUCGAGUCAGGAAUCAGAGAACGAAAGGUUGAUAGAUCGUAUUCAAAUAGCUUGCUUAUUUUGAUUGCAGAUGCUAUUGGGAUAUCGACCGAGCAGUCAGUCUUGAGAAAAGAGUAUGAAGAGUUCAAACAUGAGAUGGAAAAUAUUGAGCAUACAGAAGAUGUUGCAGAAGCUGUACAGAUUGAACAGAUUGUUGGAUUAUUAGGAAAAGCUGAUAUCAUAGCAACAACAGAAGAGCGAGAAACAAAGUACUUUAGUAAACGGAAUUCAUUAGGAAGACAACCAUUAGAACCUCUUCAAUCAUUUUACUGCCCGAUAACUGGAGAUGUGAUGGAAGAUCCAGUGGAAACGCCAUCAGGGCAUAGUUUUGAGAGGUCUGCAAUAGAGAGAUGGUUAGCUGGAGAAAACAGUUUAUGUCCAAUAACCAAAACUCCAUUAAAGCCAUCCUCUUUAAGGACUAAUAAGACACUUCGUCAAUCGAUAGAAGAAUGGAGAGACAGAAACACCAUGAUUUUCAUUGGUUCUAUGAAGUCCAGUAUUCUUUCUAAUGAAGAGGAAGAAGUAAUUGUCUCAUUGGGCAAAUUGCAAGAUUUAUGCUUAGAAAGAGACCUUCAUCAAGAAUGGGUGAUGAUAGAGGGAUACUUGCCUGUUCUUGUUUCUCUUCUUUCUACCAAGAAUUUCAAAAUCAGAUCACAUGUUCUCAUCAUUCUCCGCAUACUUGCAACAGACCACGAUGACAGGAAGGAAAGCAUUGCAGAAACGGAAGAUGCCAUUAAAUUAAUCGUGUGUUCCCUUGCACGAAAGAUUGAAGAAAGUAAAUUGGCAUUGCAAUUGCUUAUUGAAUUAUCAGAAAAUGAUUUAGCAAGAAACGUUAUUGGGAGUAGUCAAGGUUGUAUACUUCUUCUUGUGACCAUAACGGGUAGUGAUGAUCCUCAAGCUGCCAAUGAUGCCAAACAACUUCUGGAAAAACUUUCCUUUCUUGAGCAGAAUAUUGUACAGAUGGCCAAGGCUAACUAUUUUGGACCUUUACUUCACCUUCUUUCUUCAGGGUCUGAAAGUGUUCGACGGGUGAUGGCUGAGACGUUAUCAGAACUUGAGAUGACUGAUCAUGGAAAGCUUAUGGUUUGUGAGAGUGGCGCGGUAGAGUCCCUUAUAGCCAUGCUCUGUAACAUUGAUAUAGGUAUGAAAAAGGCAGCCAUUUUAGCUCUCGAGAAACUCUCAGAUGUGCCAGAAAAUGGAUUAAAAAUGAUCAAAACUAAUGCACCAGAGAUCUUGUUUGGAAUACUCUUCCGUGAGAGCUUGUCCAUCCCGAGCCUCAUUGAAAAGGUUGUAGCCACUAUUAUGAAUCUGGCAUUGUCAUUAACUUUCCUUGAAUCUGAUCACGGUGAUAUUCCUUUUCUGGAAUCUGAAGAAGAUGUUUUCAAGUUAUUUUCUGUCAUCUCAUUAAGUGGGCCAAAUGUUCAACAGAAUGUUCUUCGAACAUUUCUUGCAAUUUGUCAAUCUCAUUUUGGUUUAAACAUAAGGAAAACGUUACGAAAGAUUUCAUCUGUCCAAGUACUGGUUCAGUUAUGUGAACAAGAAAAUCAAACUGUUCGAUUAAAUGCUGUGAAGCUCUUUUGCAUACUAACAAAAGAUAGGGAUGAUGAAACUUUUGUGGAACACGUUGGGUCUAAAUGUGUUGAAACUUUACUUAGAAUCAUAAAAACUUCCGAUAACGUUGAAGAGGGUGUUGCUGCAAUGGAAAUCAUCUCUAACCUUCCAAGAACCCCUCUGAUGACUCAACGGAUUCUUGAUGCUGGAGCACUUCAAGUGAUCAUUUCCAUCCUCUCUAAUCACUUUCAGAAACCCGAGCCCAUGAUAGAAAGUGCUUCUGGUGCUCUCUGUCGAUUCACUGUUUCAACAAAUCAAGAAUUACAAAAACAGGUUGCAGAAUCUGGGAUUAUCCAGAUCAUCAUACGCUUGCUGGACACGGGAAGUGCUUUGACCAAACAGAAUGUAGCAAUUUCACUUGGGCAAUUUUCAGAGAGUUCCAAUAGCUUAAGCAGGCCCGUGGAACUAAAAUCAAGUUUUUUUAGUUGUUGCUUUGUAUCAUUUGAUACAUGUUGUCCAGUCCACUCGGGGAUCUGUACAAUCGAGUCCUCAUUUUGUCUUAUUGAAGCUAAUGCCAUGAAUCCGCUUGCAAGAUUGCUUGAUGAACCAGAUUUUGGAGUCUGCGAAGCUUCUCUCGAUGCACUUUUAACUUUAAUCAACGAGGAGCAACUGCAGAAGGGUAGUAAGGUGUUGGAAGGUGGUGAUGUGAUUAUGAAAAUGGUGAAGUUGUUGAGUUCACCGUGUGUAAGGUUGCAGGAGAAAGCUUUGGUGGCGUUGGAGAGGAUAUUCAGGUUGCCGGAAUAUAAACAGAAGUAUAAAGCAUCUGGACAGAUGCCGUUAGUUGAGAUUACACAAAGAGGAAGUAACAGUAUGAAAUCUGUUGCUGCUAAGAUUUUGGCUCAUUUAAAUGUUCUUCAUGAACAAUCAUCUUUUUUCUGAUAGCUCAUUGUUUCUUUCUUUUCAAUAUGUGUAAAUUCAAAAUUAUUCAUUGUAUUUAAUACAAAAAUGUGACUCUUACUUUGAA